CUUCAAUCCAUCAGAUCGCAUCUCUUCUCCUUCCCCCCAAUACCCCCCUCAAUUCUCCCUGUCGCUGCCGGCAAUGGCUUCCAAACUCUUCCCCGCCGUCCCGCGGACUGGCCGCCAGCUCUUCCAGAACUUCCCUAAGACUCAAUUCAGACCCUUCUCGGCUGGUCCGCAACGUUACAGCGAAUCCCUUGCCGUGCACCGCAACAAGCCCGACAACAACCCGUCCGUCCCUUUCAAGUUCAACGACCAGAACCUCAAGCUCAUCGAUGAGAUCCUCAAGCGCUACCCUCCCCAGUACAAGAAGGGUGCCGUCAUGCCCGUUCUCGACCUGGGCCAGCGUCAGCACGGCUACACCAGCAUUAGCGUCAUGAACGAGGUCGCCCGCCUCCUCGAGAUGCCCCCCAUGCGUGUCUACGAAGUCGCAACUUUCUAUACCAUGUACAACCGUGAGCCCGUUGGCAAGUACUUUGUCCAGCUCUGCACGACGACACCCUGCCAGCUCGGUGGUUGCGGUAGCACCAAGAUCGUCGAGGCUAUCACGGAACACUUGGGCAUCACCCCCGGACACACCACUGAAGACGGUCUUUUCACUUUCGUCGAGGUCGAAUGUUUGGGUGCUUGUGUCAAUGCCCCCAUGGUCCAGAUUAACGACGACUACUACGAGGAUCUCACCCCCGAAUCUAUCAAGACUCUCCUCACCGCGCUCAAGGAGUCGGCAACCGCUGCUGAGGCUGGCCAGUCCCCCAAGGUGCCUGCCCCUGGUCCUCUGAGCGGUAGACAGACCUGCGAGAACAGCGCCGGCCUGACGAACCUGGUGGACCCCGUCUGGAACCCGGAGACCAUGAUGAGAAAGGACGGAGCCUUGGAUCAGCCCGCGCAAUAAAUGAAAAUCAGCCUAUAAUUUGAAUUUAGUUUCUCGAUGCCGUGCUUUGGAAGGUUCGAAAGUUUUCUCAUGUUCUCCUUUUUUCCCCUCGUUCUAUAUCUCUUUUCUUAAACAUUCCUGGCCGGUAUAUCUCGGACACGGCAACCCGGAUAACGCUCAUGUACAGUACGUUGUGCCUCAUAUCUACUUGCUUCCUACUGCGUAAGGAGGAAAACCGGGUUAUAGUGGGGGAUUUGAUUUGCCAUAGAAGGUUUUGUUAGCAGUAUCCAAUGGAGU